AUGCCUGGGCUGUUCUCUCGCCUCAAGGGCAAGGACGCCAAGUCCAAGAAGAAGAACGCUGGCCCUGACCUCGCAGACUCGACUCCUUCGAAGCCUCAGUGGGAUGAUGCGUGGACGCGAAAGACUGUUGAGCCAGAGGAAAUCCACGAACUGGUGCGAUGCUGCACAGAGGAGCUCAAGGCCAGAGGUCUCGAUCUUCCUUUUCUUCUCCUGCCCUUCCGUCCGACUUCCGACCCUAGCGCUGUGCGCACUUUCAUACGACACUUCUUCGAUCAAAACCACCCGCCCCGAGGCGAGGCAUUGCUACAAGAAAUCCGGAUCGCAGAGCCCAUGGUUUUAUCAGGCGUCGUGAAGUGGUGCUGGAGUCGCAUGCAAGGUGGUGUUGUGGGCUGGGACGCCUACGAGCUGUUCAAGGUUGGCGAGUACGACUCCAACAUGGCUCGCGACUCCUUCAAGACAUUUAUUCCAAUCAGCGUCGAAAAUGGCGCGCGACAGCGUAUCAUCUUCGAUUUUUUCGACUUGCUGGCUGCUGUGGCUGCGCACGGCAAGACCAACGGCUUCGGUGGUCGCAAACUGUCGCGCAUGGCGGCAUGGUGGGCCUUUGAACAAAAGGAUACAGGCAAUGGCUUUGAAGGAGGCUACAACAGCUGGUUGAGUGCUGCCGAUGCCACGAGCCACCUGUUCUUCGCCUACCUCAGGUCACUGGCCCCCGAGACAAACCUCACUGGCAUAUCCAUGCUUCCACGGUCACUGCAGAAACUCGUGCAGGAGACCGAGUAUCCGCCCAUGAAGCCGGACCUGCUCAUGUCGAGGACCAACAAAGUCGUCAUGAUCGUCGAGACAGUCUCGCCCACGCCCUUCUCCCUUCUUCGAAGAGCGAAUCAUUUUCAGUAUCGCGACUCCGAUCGAGCUCUUCAGGAGUUCUCCGAAUACGAAGACCCGGUUCAAGCGCUGUCCGAGGAGUGCAAACGCGUGCUCAAGGCUGUCUCGGCAGCCAACCAAUCCCAAGUAUCGAGCGCAAAGCACUCUACCAGCCUGCGAGAGGCAUCAUGGUCUAGAUUCGAAGACAUCGGUUUCAGCAGCGCUUUGGAGGAGGACGAAGAUGAGGAUGACAGCGCUUUGACGAGGAAGCACAAGCAGCGCACCGACGGUCUGCGAACGUCUCCAUCAUCUGGCAAUGUGUUCGACCGGCCUACGACUCCCUCAUGGGCGGAUUUCCUCUCCUCUGGUUUUGUCGACGACUCCCAGUCGAGACCUAACCUCCUCCUCCCACCUGACAAGGUCCUUCCGCCUCUGGACACUCAAUCAAGGCAACGCAGCUCACAAUCACACCGCCCCCGACUCGAGUCCGACCAGGACCUUGAUCCUGGUGAGUUGGCCAGUAUCACAUUCCUAGACCUCGAUGACGCCUUUUGGUGGGUAUGGAUGAGCAGCCUGGCACCUGAGGAGACACCGGAUCGAAAAGCAGCGUUCGGACGCUGUGCCGUCGUUGAGACCAAGAUCACCAGUGGAAGAUGGCUAGUCAUGGAGGAAAUGGUCGCUGGAGCCGCGCCUGAGCCCCAAGAAGGCGCGUACAUUGCCGAGAAGAAGGGCCUCUUCAGUUGGACACGUCGGGGCAAGUCUCUCGGUCGCCGCAAAUCUACAGGGAAGCAGGCCUUGGACCAUGGCGACAAAGGUGGCAACACAUUCGGCUCCAGCAAGACCAACAUUGGGCCCGACACACAUGCAAGGAUCCAGGCCAAGGCUGCGCAGUUACGAGCAGCCAGCGACCAGGAAAAGCAGGAGGCUCUGAAUGCCCAACGCCGUGGACGAGACGCUGACUCUGCUGACAAGACCAAGAGUGUCAUGAGUCUUCAACCGACCAUUGUAGGCGAGGCAUCGUCCGCUAUGAAGUGGGUUAAGAAGUACGAUAAGGCCUCGAUCAAGGACGCUUACAUGGCAAACUCGUACGCCGGAAGAGGCACGGACCUGUCUCUGGUCCCCACCGAGGAUACCAAUGGUCAUUACGAGAGCAAUGGCGCGGCCCAAGGUUCUGCAAAGGCCCCUGAGCCACCGAUGAAGGAAGCUGCGCCAGCGCCAGAACCCCAGCCUGCUGCUCCUGCUCCUGCUCUUGCUUCUGUCCCAGCAAGCCCCGUCCCGCAGAGAAAGCCCGUGGGGUCAUCUGUGCCUGUCAAUCCCGUGUCAGCGGCAACUGAGCCCAGUCAGCCUGUGGUGCCCGAGCCCCAUGAGCAGCCAGCGCUUGUGCAAGAUUUGCCGGAGCAGCCCGAGUCUGCGCCUGUGCCAGAGCCUGAGGCCCAGCCGCCACCACCUCCAAAAGACAACCCCGUGGAAGAGCUUCCUGCACCUGAGCCGGCAGUUGUAGUGACCGAGAGCGGUAAGAAGAAACCCAACAAGGGAUUCCGAAAGCUGUUUAGCCGCAAGAACCGUGGUUCCAAGCUGCCAGAUAAUGCUGCUGCCGAUGUCAACGAGAUGCUCCGCAAGGAUGCUCAGACCCCGACCCAGCCAACGACAAUACAGGAGAACGAACCUGCGUCUGUGGCUGAGCCUACGCUCGAGAUGCCAAUGAGCGAUGAAGCGCAAAGGCCCCAUGACGGCGACGAACUUUCACGCGUCAACACGAAGGAUGCAGCAGAGGCUCAGGCGGAAUUCUCUCGCUUCGACCAGGGACCUCUCCAGGACCAGCCGGCAUUUGUGCCAGACGACGAUGCCGCGAGCGACGCUACGCCCCGAUCCAUCACUCGCCGUGCGCCUAACCGCAAUGGAACGUCCAUUAAGAGUUCGCAUGAGAUUAUGAGCGAAGAGAAACUAGCACAGAGCACCAGUCCCGGCAUCCAGGAUCGUUGGGCUCAAAUCCGCAAGAACGCGGCGGAGCGCGCUGCCCAGUACCAGCGCCCCGAGGAUGAACUCUCUAGCCGGGGCCCCGAGAGGAAGCACUCUGGCCAUGACGAAGAUGAUGACACCAGCGCAGAGGAGACCAUCGAGUCCCGCGUUGCUCGCAUCAAGGCCCGUGUCGCCGAGAUUACAGGCACGAUGGAGGGCGUCCAGGGUCCUACAGGACCUGGAGAUCGAACACCACAGCCUUCCCGCAGCCCUCAGGCAACAAGCCCUGCCGCUGAGUAG